AUGGAGGAAGAGGAAGCAGUAGCAGCACCAGUACAAGUCUAUGUAUACGACUUAUCCAGGGGUCUUGCCAGAACAUACAGUCCCCAAUCGCACCAUCUCAAAUACGGGGCUCCAAUCGAGGUGAUUGAUGUUGGGGAGACGUAUGUUGAUGACGAGACGAUUGAAGCGUUUGUCAAUGAUCUUCGGAGCAGGGAGGAUAUGAAGUACGAUGCUGCCCAGUACGACUUGUUCACCAACAAUUGUAAUCAUUUUACAAAUACGAUUUUGGAGUUCUUAUGUGAUAAAACGUUGGAUGAUAGGAUAUUGAAGUUGCCGGAGGUGGUGUUGAAUACGCCAGCUGGUCAAAUGUUGCAGCAGAUGAUUGGUGGCGCUGGUCAGUUCUUUUGA